AUGUGGGAUGUGAAUUAUAAGGUUUGGUUUAAGAAUCGGCGUGCAAAAUGUCGUCAACAAUCUCAACAACAAAUGUCAAACUCAUCAUCAUCCAAUCUUAAUAGUUCAAAAUCUUCGGGUAGCUCAUCGUCCAACACGCGUAACUCCAAUAGUUCAAAUUCCACCUCGUCAUCAUCGAAUAGCAAAACGACAAGUUCGACAACAAACACUACGAGUGGUAGUUCGGGCACGAAAUCGUCACACAUCAAGCAUACGCCAACGCUGGCUUCAACGGCCAAUGCUAACAGUGGCAACAACAACAAUAAUAACAACAACUCAUCGUCAAACAAUCAUAAUAGUAACAAUAACUCAUCGAGUGUUGUUAACAAUGGAAUGAGUGCUUUAAGCAUAUCAAAUCAGCACAACAACUCGUCACCGAUUUUGCCCAUCACACCAUCAACGUCGGUGAGUCCACCAAUAAAUGUGAUUUGUAAAAAAGAACUGCCGUAUCAUCAUCAUAACGGCACAAGUGGAGGCCUCGGUAAUCAAUCGUUGGGCAAUGGUACGAUGGACAUUAAGCCGGGUUCAGGUGGGUCGUCGGGAUAUGACAGUCUUAAAGACAGUGACUUAGGCAUUACAUCGGUCCAUCAUUCAUCAUAUCUUAAUAUCAAUUCACGAUUGGGACAAACAGGCGGAAAUCUGACACCUCUCGGCUCAAAUUCAUCGAUUAUGACGACACCAUCGCCACCAAUCACGCCACAGGCGAGCGCUCACAAUCCAUUGUCGUAUGUACCAAAUCACGAGUCUUAUAAUUUUUGGCAUAAUCAGUACAAUCAGUACAAUCCAAAUAACUACAAUACACCUUCAUAUUACUCCCAAAUGGACUACUUCAACAAUCAGACACAAUCGGGAUAUAAUAUGUCACAUUCAGGCUACUCAACAUCAAAUUUUGGUCUCGCUUCGAGUGCUGCUUCUAUGGGUGGACCAAUGGGCGCUCAAACCUUUUCGCCUGAUUACAUGACUCAGCAAGAUAAAUAUGUUAAUAUGGUAUAGGAUUAGGAGUAAACUUUUCGUUUUCGAUCGUAAUUCUCAUGCUGCAAUAGAAAAAAAAGAAGAAGGGAAAGAUAAGAUCGACAAAGUUCUAAGAAAACGUUUUGUAAACAGAGCUUGUAAAUCUUUCCUUAUCACUUUCAAUAUCUCUUUCUGAAGCAAACUUUUUGUCAUAUCGAGACUUUUUCCAAUCAACUGUUUGUUUUAUAUUCUCGGAGAUUAUUGCAUUUGAUGAAUUUCAUACAAUGAUGAAGUAGAUGAGAAAUCGAAUGAAGCUAAUAUCAUCUGAAAUUUCAUAUCAGAAAAUUUUGAUAGAAGAGAUUAGAAAACUUUUUUGUAAAAAGUAUGAUUUUAAUUCAAAAAUUUGCAUGAAAGAAAAGAAUUCAGAAUAUCAAUAUAAAUUUUUUGAAAUUUCGAGCAACAAAAGAUUAAGAAGUGGAGCUGUUUGUAGAUGAGUUGAACGAUGUGAAAAGUUUACCAAUAAUUAUUCGAAUUCAGUUAUAUAGAAAUAAAUUCUCUUUGAAUCAAAUUCUCCACUGAAGAGUUGCGCAAUAAAUAUAAUGGAAGAAUUACUUAUGAACAAAUAAAGCGAAGAUGAAAAUUUUGAUUUAAUUUUAUUAACAGCGCGAUUUAAUUUAAGUUUAAGUUUGUGCAAUUCUUUUUUACUUUUUCUUGUAUAAUAAAACGAUUCAAAUUUCUUUAUAAUGAUUUAUAAAAUAUUGAAACAUUCUUUUUCAUAAACCCGUCAAUUUUUAAAUAUCUUAAUUGUUUGAAUACGAAUAAAACUUUCAUUAA